CAUCUGUCUUUGUUCUGUGACUCACUCACUCUCAUCUUGAUACAAUAAACCUCGACUCCUCCACAAAUACUCAACAGACCUCAUAUAGACACUACAACACACUAAUCAAGUCGGGCACUUGAUUCUUUUCUUUUGUGCGGUUGACUCCGCCCAGUUUUGAAUCUGUCGUCUCACUCAUCCCACCUCUUACACACAAAAUGGCUUCAUCUUCCUCUGCCGGCUGGGAACCCUCUUCCUGGCGCUCAAAGCCCAUCAAGCAAUCGCCCAAUUACCCUGACGCAGAGCCUCUCGCCAAGGCUGUUGAGGAACUCACGCAACUUCCUCCUCUGGUCCAUCCCAAUGAGAUCAUUGCCCUCAAAGCUCAUCUUCGCGAUGUCGCACAAGGAAAUGCCUUCCUUCUCCAAGGUGGCGAUUGUGCUGAGCUCUUUGAUUAUUGUCGCCAGGGCCCUAUUGAGAGUAAAAUCAAAUUGUUACUGCAAAUGAGUGUUGUUCUCAUUUGGGGAACAAACAAGAGAGUUGUGCGAAUUGGUCGAAUGGCUGGGCAGUAUGCGAAGCCGCGUUCUAGUCCUACUGAGAUGGUCGAUGGAAAGGAAGUCCCUAGCUUCAAGGGCGAUAUCAUCAAUGGCUUCCGUCUUGAAGAUCGAGAGAUCGAUCCUAACCGCCUUGUGAAAGCCUAUCACCACUCUGCUGCCACUCUGAACUACAUUCGCGCUGCUCUCGCCUCUGGCAUCGCUGAUCUUCAUCGACCUCUUGACUGGGGCCUCGGACAUGUGAGAGACCCGGAGCUCAAGGAGAAGUACUCAGCUAUUGCCUCGAGUAUUCAACAGACCCUGCGCUUCCUGCAGGUCAUCAAUGCUCGUCCCGGAGAACUCGAUUCCGUCGAGCUUUUCACCAGUCAUGAAGGUCUUCUUCUCGACUAUGAGCAGUCUUUGACUCGUUUGCUUGAGAAGCCUACUGCCAGAACCUCAAGCCCUACUCCUGCAGCUGACGACGGCGAGAAGAAGGAGUACUAUGAUACCUCUGCGCAUUUCAUCUGGAUUGGUGACCGUACUCGCCAGAUCGAUCAUGCCCACGUUGAGUUCUUCCGUGGAAUUGCCAACCCAAUUGGUAUCAAAGUCGGUCCUACAACACCAGCCUCAGACCUUCUUUCUCUCCUUCGCACGUUGAACCCCUCUCGCGAGCCUGGCAAGAUCACCCUCAUCACUCGUUACGGUGCUGCCAAGGUGCGCGAUCUCCUCCCCACGCAUAUUCGCGCGGUUGAGGACUCCGAGUACCGUCGUACGGUUGUCUGGCAAUGUGACCCCAUGCACGGCAACACACUAUCCACACCCACAGGCAUCAAGACACGUCGUUUCGGCGAUAUCUACCGUGAGCUUGAGGAGACACUACGCAUUCACAAAGAGGAGGGUAGCAACCUUGGUGGUAUGCACCUUGAGCUCACUGGUGAUGCUGUUACAGAGUGUUUGGGUGGCAGUGAGGGAUUGGAUGAGGAUGAUUUGUCGACAAACUACACUAGUUUCUGUGACCCAAGACUCAACGAGAAGCAGGCUCUCGAGUUGGCCUUCCUGGUUGCGGAUCAUUUCUCUAGGGAGAACAAGGCACGAUCGGCCUGAGCAUAUGAGUGACACUAAAAUUUGACAUGACGAAAAUGUACAUUGGAACAAAAUAGGAGCAGUAAAUAUCAUGGCAGCAACUUGGGAAUAAGCAGAAAAAUGAGACAUUGAAACACUUGGAUGCGUGUGAGGAAUCUUGAGUGAUAAACACAGCACUGACGACAGUGAUCUUGUGAUUUGGUGCCUUCUUUCAUCUCUAAUCUAAGCAUAUGGGCUUGUCUUUCAAAACACAAGUUAAUUCAUAUCAUGU